GCGGCCUUUGGUGUAAUAAAAGAAUUGAUAUAGCAAAAGGCUUACCAACUAAAAGGAUUAGCUCCAUUCUCUUUAGGAUACGAAUAUAUGGCGGAAAAUGUGGAGGAAUGGGCAGAUAGUGCGGCUGAUUUUUUCGAGGAAUUUACCCAAAAUACUAAGUCGAGCACUGGAAAAUCACUUCGAAAGCGUAACCGUGAAUCAAAGGAAGGUGACGCAUUGCAGGCCUUGUUAGAAUCUGAGAAAACUCGGGAAGCUCGAGCGGCGGAGUCACGAAGGCGCAUCGCAGCGGUGGUAGUAAGUCGCGCGAGUCCCAAAGAAAUUAAAAAAGCUGUUGAGUCUGUUAAGAAGCAUGAUCGUGUCGAUGGUAAGGUUAGGAAUCAAAACGAAAUGAGUCGCGACACUUUUCACAGUAAAAGCAGACGUGUAGGAAGACAUGCAGCUAAUCUAGGAAAGCCGGCGGGCUUGAAGACCGGGAUCCGUGACACCGGUAGCCUUUCCAAGUCAUCUAAACCAUUCAUAGGAAAAAAGGGUAAGCAGAGGAAACCUUUUUUUAGAGGAAAGAAAUAAAAUGACGGGUAAAGGAUUUGUUGGUGCAGUCAUCAGCUUAUGUAGAAGCGAUGACGGUGAUGCCAUAAUACCAUUCUUUUUUCCUUUCGGUAUUAAGCAUUCUUUUCAUUAAUUUUUGUCUUUGUGAGCUUCUUCUACGUCAACUUCGACAUACCAAAUAUUUCUGGCGCAGGCCGAAACGAAGGGAUGACAGUGUGUUCCUUAUUUGAUACCCUUAUUUUUU